GCGGCCGGGACCAGGCGCGCGGGGCGCUGGGCGCGCAAGGUGGAGUCGCGCUUCUCCCCCGGGGCCGGGAAGCGGGGGUCGGGCCCGUGCCGCAAGGCCGCGGACGAAGAUGAGGACGACGGAGGCCCGCGCUCCUCCGAGUCCCCAUCCAACUGCUUCGGCUUUGUGGCCUACUCGGUGAACUCGGGGGAGAGGGCGCGCGCCAAGGACGCCAUCUACCAUGAGCACCUCGGCCAGUUCCCACCUGAACAAAGGCGUCAAGCAGGUGUACAUGGGCCUGCCGCAGGGGGAGAAGGUGCAGGCCCUGUACAUCUGGAUCGACGGCACCGGGGAGGGGUUACGCUGCAAGACCCGCACGCUGGACAGCGAGCCCAAGUGUGUGGAAGAGCUCCCUGAGUGGAACUUUGAUGGGUCCAGCACCUUCCAGUCAGAAGGCUCCAACAGCGACAUGUAUCUCAUCCCUGCCGCCAUGUUCCGCGACCCCUUCCGCAAGGACCCCAACAAGCUGGUGUUUUGUGAGGUCCUCAAGUACAACCGGAAGCCUGCAGAGAGCAACCUGCGGUACACAUGCAAGCACAUCAUGGACAUGGUCAGCAGUCAGCACCCGUGGUUUGGAAUGGAACAGGAGUACACGCUCAUGGGCACCGACGGGCACCCCUUCGGCUGGCCUUCUAACGGCUUCCCCGGGCCGCAAGGUCCCUACUACUGUGGCGUGGGCGCCGACAAGGCCUACGGCCGAGACAUCGUGGAGGCGCACUACCGGGCCUGCCUCUACGCGGGCAUCAAGAUCGCAGGCACCAACGCCGAGGUCAUGCCUGCCCAGUGGGAGUUCCAGAUCGGGCCUUGUGAAGGCAUCCACAUGGGGGACCACCUCUGGGUGGCCCGCUUCAUCCUGCACCGUGUGUGUGAGGACUUUGGAGUGAUAGCGACCUUUGACCCCAAGCCCAUCCCUGGCAACUGGAACGGCGCGGGCUGCCACACCAACUUCAGCACCAAGGCCAUGCGUGAGGAGAACGGGCUCAAGCACAUCGAGGAGGCCAUUGAGAAGCUGAGCCGGCGGCACCAGUACCACAUCCGUGCCUAUGACCCCAAGGGCGGCCUGGACAACGCACGCCGCCUCACCGGCUUCCACGAAACCUCCAACAUCAACGACUUCUCAGCUGGGGUGGCCAACCGCAGCGCCAGCAUCCGCAUCCCGAGGGCUGUGGGCCAGGAGCGUCGGGGCUAUUUCGAGGACCGCCGACCGUCAGCCAACUGCGACCCAUUUGCCGUCACCGAGGCGCUGGUGCGCACCUGCCUGCUGAAUGAGACGGGCGACGAGCCCUUCCAAUACAAGAACUGAGCGCCCCUGGCCGCCUGCUGUAGCCCUGUGCAAUAGCUGUGCUGCUCCUCAGCCCUCCUGCCUGUUUGCUGUCUUUGGCCAGGAGCCAGGGGGUGGGGCCUGCCCGCACCUGCCCCCUCUCCUGA